AUGGCUGAUGAUAAUGGUCUAGGAAUAAAAACUGAAGUUCCUAUUCGGGAUUCGGUUAUAAACAAGCAGUUAAUCGAUGGGAAGAUAGAAAAUGAUCGAAAAAAACUGAACGAAGAAUUUCAGCUUCAACCACAUAAUGAAAUAAUACGGAUGUGGAUGAAGUUGCUGAAGGAUAUUUGGAUUGGUGGGGAGAAAAAGAUUGCUAAGCAGGAGUUAUGCCACUCAGUGCUGAACGAAAUAUUCGAUAAAUGCGAAAAUCCGAUGAAAACUGCACUUGUUUUACACAAGUUAUGUCCAGAUUAUGGAGCGCAAAAAGCAUCAAGUCUGGCUGGUUUCGUUUUGCGGCAUCUGGAGCACUGGCUACAAAAAACGGGAAGAAGUAAUGAACUGUGUGAGAGACUAGAUAGGAAUGUGAAGAUUGAAGCUUUCGCUGUCGGCACAAAUAAGCAUACAAUACAUUUGGAACUUAUCAUCGAUCUCUUUCAACUAAAAAGUGAUGAUAUGGCAGACUAUAUUCUUCAAGCGGUGAAAGAUAUGGUAUCAAUGGCAAAUUAUCGUGAUGCUAUCUCAUGUGCAAUUUUGUUUGGAUUGCAGUCUCAUUUCACACUUAUUGAGUUAGUUAUCCCAUGCAUGCUGCAGGAUCGUUUUAUUGCAGUUGAUGCAUUCAUUAAAAAUGAAAGAAAAAUGCAAGAAGAACUUGUACGAUAUUUCGAUAAUCUUAUUGGCCUCGAUGAACGAACUGUUAUUCAUCGUUAUGAGGAUUUUCGCAGAAGAAAAAUUAUGACCAUUCCAAUGUCAAAGCUGCAAAAGAAGGCUAUUGAAAAGCUUGUCGCCAAACUGCUAGCAACAUACAAUUUACCUCAGGAAGUGGCACCGAAGUUGUCUCGUUCUAGGCGAGAAGGUGCUCUAAGACAUAUGACUUUUAUAUAUUUCGUUGAACGUGGUAUUACCGAAGAGGGAUAUUUUGAUUACGUAGCUCAAGCUCUACAGUCCGAUUUGACCCUGCAGAAAUAUUUCAUUAAUUAUCUCUGUUCAAACGGCUGGUUUGAUGAUGCUGUCCGAUGGGUUGUUUUUUACAACAUAUUUGAUUAUAUUCCUCGCAGUUUGCAGCCUUAUUUGUGCAGUAAUACAGUUCUCAAAGCGCAGGCUGAUUUGGCAAGGAUCAUAUCGGAGAGGGCGAGUGUUACAAAUGUGGAACUGUUUCCAGGUCAUCCUAUUGAAGUGAUUGCAACUCCUGAAGAUUUAGAGAAGCUUUAUCCCGUUAUUAAAGAAGCCGAUUUAAUAGGAAUAGAUACCGAGUGGAAACCCUUGUUCAUGUGCACAAGUGAAAGGGUAGCACUUUUUCAAAUCUGUGUUCAACGCUGCAGUUAUCUUGUCGACGUCAUCACUUUAGAAAAUAUGCUCACGGAGGAACAGUGGACACGAUUCUUCAAAGCUUUGUUUUCUGAUAGCAAUGCAAUAAAAUUAGGGUUUGACUUUCUAAACGAUCUAAGGGUUUUGCAUGCUUCGUUUCCUUACCUACAGCCUCUGGAAGAGAUGAAAAAUGUAAUUUGCAUGCUGAAGCUAGUGAAAAGCCUUCUAACUUCGAACCCAGCAUUUCUCGACUUCGGUUACUCAACCGACCUUCCAUUAUCAAACGAAAUUGAAAAUUUGUUAGAUCCUAUUUCUGAUAAAACAGUCCAUUUCCGGCUCACUGACCUAUGUCAGAAAGUACUUGGUGAGGCCUUGGAUAAAACAGAACAGAUAGGCAACUGGGCUAUGCGUCCUCUUCGCCGUGAGCAGAUGAAGUAUGCAGCUAUGGAUGCUUAUUGUUUAUUGAAUCUUUAUGAUAAGUUAAAAAUGAGAGCUGAAAGAGAAUACAAUAUGGAUUGGGCUAAACACUGCAAGGAAUGUGGUGUAACACAGAUAAAAUCAAAAGAAGAGAAGAGAGCCAGAAAGAAAGAAACGAAAUUUGAUGACAAGGAAUUUGAACAAAUGAUUGAGCGUUUAAAUUCUGGCCUAAAUAAUUUACAAAUGAAAAGGAAACCGAAAGAUUUGAAGAUUAUUGUCGAUUCAAUGAUGCUUGGUCUGGGUAAACAUCUCAGAAGGUGCGGCAUUGACACAAUAUUAGCAGAAACACGGAGUUAUUUGAUUGAGUGCGCCAAAAGAGAUCCAAAUCGAUAUAUAAUAACGUGUGGAAAGGCAACAGAUGAACUUCGACGACAUCGAUCGUUGAGAGGAACACAGCGUAUAUUGUCUGUCCCAACUGCGCAAAAUAUGAGCAUAAUUCAGCAGAUUGAAUUUGUCUUAAUACAGUUCAAUAUACAUUUAACCAAAGAUGAUAUUUUCUCACGCUGCAUGAAAUGCAAUUCGAAUUCGUUUGUGAUAGCUCCAUCUCCCGUUCUGGAGGCAAUGUACAAGGCAAAUAUUGUUGCAUCGAAUCCGUUUAAUGAAGAAAUUUAUAAUGUCGCAAAAUACAAUGAAAAGAUGCGAGAAGUUGACGCGGAAGUAUAUUCCGGCUACGGAUGCGAUUUAGAAGUCAGUAAAAGUGAUCGCUUACAGAUCGUAGCACACUGUCAUAAUGGUAUCUUAAGCAUCGGAAAUUGCUUGGUUGCUGCUAUAGGUUGUGAUACGCCAGCUGAAGUUAAAAUAGAAAAAGUACCUUUACAAGUUUUGGAAAAAAAAGGCAGAUUUUUUUACGUCUGCGGUGUUUGUGGAAUUGUAUAUUGGGACGGUUGCCAUACGGUUAAUUAUAAUGUAUUCGUUGAGCCUCUUUUGGCUGAAGAGAGAAUAUCGAAUGGGAUAUGA